AUGCCGUGUUACAGGCAGUACGAGGCGGACCUCGAAGCGCUGGAGUGGGCGCGGGGCGGCGGAGGUUGCUGGCCGUUCGUGACAGCAGAUGAGGAGGGCUGCCUGCCCCUUUUGAAGGCGUGUAACAAUCAUUUGGAGCUGCUUGCGACGGUGCAGCGUGCUUUGGGUGCGGCCGACUCUCUGGCGAUGCUCUCAGGCGCCAUCUCUUGCAGCGGCAGUGAGGCGCAAGGGGACACUGCCUCGCCUUUUUCGAGCAGUGGCAGCGAAGACAUGAGUGCAAGUUCAGCGUACUUGCAGGCCAUUCUUGCCGCUGUGGUGACGCUGGCGGAGUCCCAGCACAUUGAUUUGGAGAAUGCCGUGCGGAACCGCGUUCGCUCUCUUGCGCUGGAUGAUCAGUCUUUGCUGGGUCACCUUGUCGCCGAAGGCCUUCACGCACCGAUGGCUGCGGGGGCGGAAGAUGUCGACUCGACUCCAAGCGACCGCGCGGAGCACACUAAACACACGCAACCGAGGCGUGCACAGGAGGGAAAGCAGCGGCAGCCCUCCGCGCCGUACGCUGAGAGAAGUGAUGUCACCUCUGCGAAAGUGACUGUGGAUGUGACGCUGGAUGACGCACGAAUGAGUCACGCCUGCGACGGGAGUGAUAGUGUACCGCAGAAUCACCUGGAUAAUCGUAGUGCCGAGCGUCACUCUUGCGGCGGCGAUGACUUCUUCUUGGAUGUGACGGUCAUGGCGGCGGCGCUUGGGGUUGAAGUGGCUGGCGGUCCUGAGGACGUGCAGGUCACGCCAGCGUCAAAUGUGCCGCCUCACGCCUCCGGGGUGCUUCUCGUGGGAGCGGAAAGUUCCUACCGGCCUGCGUCGUUACCAUGCGUAGCUGGAGUGACAGCCGCGAUGGCGUCGCAGCGCGCGGACGCCGAGACCCAGGUGCAGUGCCGUCUAGAGGGGCAGUACCCACGCCCGACGCGAACCACGACGGCAGCAGCGGCGGAUGUGCACUCUGGGGCAGCGCCAAUGCCGUGCACUGCUGCCGUCGGUGCGUCCCAGGCCUCACUGCAGCCGACGCAUGCGGUGCGUAACGAUGGCGUGGAGGAAGCGUGGCGAAUAUCAACACGACAUUGUGAGGCCAUCCUCCCAACUGAGUCUGCACAUGCGGUGACAAGCCAUUGUGCGCUGCACGUAUGUGACCAGGCCGAAGACGUUGAAGAGGACGACGAGGAUAUGGCCUUUCUUUCUGUUGCUUCUGUCACGGAUGGGCUGAGUGCGUACACGGCAACGACGGGAACUUCGGCGAUGCGAACGGCAGUAGUGUCUGCGGACGCCCCAUUAGAACGGGGAUUAGCCGUAACAUCGGGAAACGAGGGGGGCGGCGUUGCGCCCAUCUCAACGAUGGCCGGUGGGUCAGCAGCUUCAGAGACUUUGUUUGGCCAGGAGGCAGCACACAGCACAGUAGCGAGACUGCAGGAGACGGCUUCCACGGGAUGCCUCGUCGGUUCUCUGUCGAGACUAUCACCGAAACCCUCCGCCUGGCCACCGUUUCCGCGAAGAAUGCAGUAUCCUUCUUUGCUCCCCGCCACGGGGUGGUUGAUGCAUGAGGCACGGCCCGACACCAUCGCCGACACGGCUGCGUCACUGUCGAUGCGACUUGGCCACAUCCCGGGCGCGUUCUCGCCGCCGGAUAACGUUGUAACGGCGCAUGUCCCGUAUGAUUCCCACCAGCGUGCGGAGUUGGGGAGUCUGCCCCAUGCCCGACCUAAUCUCUUCUGCGGCGAAGAGGCGGCAGCGUUGUCGUGGACUCUUCCCGUGAGCCUCGGCAGCGACACUGCCGAGGGGCAUGCGCAGAAACAGGAGGAUGGCGCAGCGGAUGUCUCCCAUGUGGACAGCAAGAGCUCGAUGGAGCUCACCAUGGGUGUCAUGAGCCUGCUGCCGGUGUCCUCAACUUCGCCGCUGGCAAAGAAAAGAAACCUUCAGCUGCAGCUGCAACAACAGUGCGAGGCUUCUGCGACGUCUGCCGUGACCGUCAAUGUUUCACCCUUUUUGCCCUGCGAAGAGUCCACCCCGUCCUUCUACUGGGGUGAGGAGGCCGCUGCCCCAACGACGACGACGACGGUGACGGCGAUGGCGACCAACGCCGUCACGUGCGUGCUUUGUCCAGCUGUACCAUCAGCGCUUUCAGCAACAGAGCACGUGGGCGAGAGCGCGAAUCCUGAAGUGGCAGUGUUGAGAAACACCGCAGUGGGGGAGGGGGGAGCUGCACCUGUGGAAGGCGAUUGCUUGUGCACCACCUCGCAGGGGGUGGAGGGGGUGUGCGCUGUGACGGCGACGACGCCCACGCAGUCCACAAGGACCCACGCCCCACCUUCCACGCCACUGCAAGACGGCUUCCAUGCGACGGCCAACAUUGCCACCGUCGUGAGCGAAUCUUGCCGUAGCUCAAUCAGCGUUGGCGUCACGGCUGAGGAUGCAGACAUCGCGCAGCCAAUGCCCUCAACGGAGGCAGAACGUAGUGAGCCGCCUCAUCAAACCUCAUUGUGGGCGGAAAGUGAGCAGCGUGCCAGGCCCAGUGGGGUGAUAUUUCCAUAUGGUCUGUUGCUCCUACAGCAGUUGCUGCAGGAGCGGUAG